AUAAAAAUGCCAAAUCCAGUCUAAACAUCUGGCUGACUGUGCGACCAACUGUAAUAAUAAUAAUCAACCUUCCCACCAGGCAUUCAAGCCUCAUUUAAGCCCCUGUUAUUCCUCAAACAGUUUUUUAGCUGUCACAAAGUUCCGGGUGGGAUUUAAACUUUGCUCUCUUGCAGGCUGCUUCCAGUGUAUGCGAGGAAUUCCUGCAGCAAGACCAAGGGAGAGAUGUCGUCAUGGUGGCUGAUCCGCCUUUUGGAGGCUUGGUUGAAGCGUUGGCUUCUAGUUUCCAAAAGGUGAUUGCGAUGUGGAGCCCAGCAAGAGGUGCAGAUUCUGCCAGCAAAGAGCUACCUAUCCUUUGGAUAUUUCCGUAUUUUUUUGAAUCACGCAUUCUUGAAUUUUUUCCAAGUUUCACUAUGUUGGAUUAUCAGGUUGAUUAUGACAAUCAUGCCCUAUAUAAGCAUGGGAAAAGAGGCCGUAAACAAUCGCCAGUUCGUAUUUUUACUAAUCUGUCCCCGUGUUCAAUAGUGCUUCCUGCAGAAGAGGGAUACAGGUUUUGCUCUGCCUGUCAGCGAUAUGUCAGCUCCGAGAACCAGCACUGUGACAUCUGCAAUUCAUGUACUUCAAAAGAUGGCAGACGUUGGACUCACUGUGACCUUUGCAAAAAAUGUGUAAAACCCUCUUGGAUUCACUGUAGCAUCUGUGAUCGCUGUGCUCUUCCCAGUCACCCAUGUAAAGAAGCUCAUUCUGGGUGCUUUAUUUGUGGAGAAACCAACCACAAACGUACCAUGUGUCCAAAUCGGCAGAGGAUCCGCAGAGUGGACCAGGAGAGCAAGAGGGAAAAACAGAAAAAGAAGAAAUUAAAGGGGGUUGUUAUGAAAAUAACAUGUGGAAAAAAGGCAAAAGCUGCAAGAAAAAGAAAAAACAAGAAAUAGAAAAAACAUUUCAGUACUUAUAACAUUCUUUUAUUUGUAAUUGGCCCAUUACUAAUCUGGGUAUUAAAAAUAUCACUGGAUUCACAGAAAAAGGCAACUAGAUUUAGAUUCUUAGAAACAGCCAAGUUCAUCUUUGUGCCCAUAUUUGAAAAAUCAGCCAAGGUGUAUAAAUGAUUCAGUAACUUCAGCUUUGUUGUUAAAGUGAUGUAAUCGUUUAUAAAUAUGAGUGUAUAUAUUUACAAAAUAAAAAUAAAAUCUGGGAUUAAGU